AUGGCAUCGUUUGAUUGUAAAAGCAUUAAUCGAUCCAUCGACCACAUUAGGUUGUUUUGUAAGGAAGUAGAUAUAAUAGCUUUGCAGGAGACGUGGUUCUUAAAGCAUGAUCUUGAAUUUGCUAAUAAAAUAGUCGAUAGCUUUGCUUCCUUCUCAAAGUCAUGUGUGGAUUCUUUGAAAGGCAUAUUACGUGGUUGGCCUUAUGGAGGUCUGACCAUGUGGCGCAAAUCUCUUUUUGAAUCUGAUGUUGUAGUAUCCGUUGUAGAAUGCAAUAGUAAUAGGCUAGCAGCUAUAAAACUAUCAUUUCAUAACCGCCAGAUAUUGUUCAUAAACGUGUAUAGGCCUGUAGACAUUGAAGAUAAUUUGACUGAGCUCACAAACACUUUGAGCAACAUGAGCGCUAUAAUUGAUGAAUGUGGGGUCGAGGCUGUGUUAAUGGUUGGGGAUUAUAAUGCACAUUCUACGGCUAGAUUCGGGUCUGAAAUGUCAGCUUAUUGUGCAGAACAAACUUGGAACUGUACUGAUAUAGACAUAUUAGGGAUCAACUCAAAAACAUUCACUUUUUUAAGCGAAGCUCAUGGGACGGUUAAAUGGUUAGAUCACUGCCUGGCUACUUCAGCAGCAAGAAAAAUAUUUUUAAUGUAA